AUGGCUUCGAAACACUUAGCGGGGGGAAAGUGCCUUAAUUCCGCAGUAUCUUAUCGAUCAAUGGCCCAGUCUUUCAUCUUAUCGAAGUACUUGAGCCGACUGAUACAACCGAACAGCACCAACAGACCAAUGGUGUUCAUUGAAAAACAAAAGACGUUCAGUAUAUAUACAUGUAAUUGGGCAAGAGCUUCGCAAGACGAAAACGCCUGUAUAAAGGUUAAUUUGGUUCGAUCUGAGCGGUUUAGAUAUUUUUGGGGACGACCGGACCUUGGGCAUAUCUAA